CGCGCCCAGCGCUAGUUGGAGGAGCCGGCGCGCUAUGCUAAUAAGCCUGACCCCAUGCGCACCUGACUCUGCGCGGGCCCGGUCCGCUGGCGUCCGGACGGACGGACGGACUAGUGGGGACCGCGUCCUGGACCCGCCGCCCGGGAGGAGAAGAUGCCGCGCUCCUUCCUGGUGAAAACCCACUCCAGCCACAGGAUUCCCAACUAUGGCCAGCUGGAGACCCAGAGAGAAGCCAAUGGCUCCUGCUCCACCUGUAGGGGGCUGGUGGUGCCUCUCCUCCUCCCAGACAAGGAGGCCCCCUCCACACUCAGUGACACACCCCGGCCCCAGAACUGCACCCCUGUCAUCUCCUGCCUCGCUUUGCCUCUACCACGUGAUGAGGAAGUGCGGGGGGCUUUGAGCCCCAGACCCCUGGAGGUCAGCCUAUUGGACCCAGGGGCUGGCCGAGCCCCCAGCGCACCUCUCAGAGAUAGCCUGAACCACCUCAACCUGCCCCCACUGCUGGUCCUGCACGCAAGGUGGCCUCCGAUCCUGGGCCCAGGCGGGGGCAAAUCUCCAGAAAAACUGUGUGGGACUGCAGGGACACCCCGGCCCCCAGGCUGCUUCGAGUGCCUCGACUGCCACCGGCCCUACCACACUGUGGCUGGCCUGGCCAGGCACCGGCAGCUGCACUGCGACCUGCAGCCACGGCGCUGCUUCAGCUGCAAGCACUGUGACAAGGAGUAUGCCAGCCUGGGCGCCCUCAAGAUGCACCUGCGCACCCACACGCUGCCCUGCGUCUGCGUGCUCUGUGGCAAGGCCUUCUCCAGGCCCUGGCUGCUGCAGGGCCACAUCCGCACCCACACAGUUGCAACAUACGCUUUUUGCAAUGGGAGGCUCCUGACCCCGAGGUCAUGGCCCUGUGCCUGGCGUGCCCUGAGUCACCCCGGUGGAGGGGAAAGGCAGGUGAGAAGCCCUACACCUGCUCACACUGCAGCAGGGCCUUCGCUGACCGCUCUAACCUCCGGGCACACCUGCAGACGCACUCAGAUGUCAAGAGGUACCAGUGCAAGGGAUGCGCCAAGACCUUCUCCCGUAUGUCACUCCUGGCACGCCACGAAGAAUCGGGCUGCUGCCCCGGCCCCUGAGUGCUGGCCAGUCAGCACUGGAGGGGAAAAGAGGACCGAGAUGGGGGCCUAAGGCUGGUAUCCUUCCUGGGAACACGUCACCUGGCACCCAGAGGAGCCUCGCAUAGGGGUAGGACCUUGUCUCCCGUCUGCUGGCCCCUUUCCCACUGCCACCUCCCGCCUUCAGUCAGAGCCAGGAAGUCAGAUGGCAGUGGCCUGCAGGCUGACCCCAGGCUGCCACCCAAAACCCCCACCCCACUCAGCCCAGGAGAGAUGCCUCGUCUGCCUCCAAACAAGAA